CCCACACCGUCGUUUUCUGACUGGCAACAUCUUUAGGAGACGACCAGAGAUGGCGGCACUAUGCCAAUGUAGAUCGGCAGUCGGGGGUUAAGGACGAAGAAGAAGAAGAACAGCCUAGUUCAGACAACACCGGUCAACUGUUUCGUGGAGUGUCAGCGGGGAUGAUCGUGCUCCUUGCUCCUUGCCUCCUCCUAACGUCCUUCCUCCCCCUGGGUACCUACCACCUGUUCCACCCUCCUCUCCCCCAUCGUCCCUGGUGACUCCUUGUCAACAAGGAAGGCUGAGUUUUGCAGGGGCCAUGGUAGAUGUCAGUAAGUGGCCCUUGUUCUCCCUCCUGAGCAGAGAGGAACAAGCUACUAUCCGACAAGCUUGUGUUUUUGGAAUAUUUGGUAAUGAAGCAAUCUACAUCACACAUAGAGAUGAGGUAUUUGUGUUUGGGUUGAACUACAGUGGCUGCCUUGGUACAGGAGACAGUGCGAGCACUAUUAUUCCAAAGAAACUGGAUUUACUGGGAGGGAAGAAGGUUAUUAGCCUCAGCUAUGGCAGUGGACCCCAUGUACUGUUGGCUACAGAGGAUGGACAGCUGUUUACAUGGGGACACAAUGGCUACAGCCAGCUGGGGAAUGGCACAACAAACCAAGGACUAUCCCCGAUGCUGAUCACUGCUAACCUACAGAACAAAAAGGUGGUUGGGGUUGCAUGUGGCUCUCAUCACUCAAUGGCUCUGACUCAGGAUGGAGAGGUCUUUGCAUGGGGUUAUAAUAACUAUGGCCAGGUGGGUACAGGCUCUACAUCUAACCAGCCCUGCCCCAGGAGAGUCUCCGGAUGCCUUCAGGGCAAGAUGGCGGUGGGCAUCACGUGUGGUCAGACCUCCUCCAUGGCUCUGGUUGACAAUGGAGAGGUUUAUGCCUGGGGAUACAAUGGAAAUGGCCAGUUGGGUAUUGGGAAUAACGGAAAUCAGAUGACUCCUUGUCGCCUUACUGCACUUCAAGGAUUAUGCAUUCAGCAGAUUGUAUCAGGAUAUGGACACUGUCUGGCACUGACAGAUGAGGGGCUGCUGUAUGCCUGGGGAGCUAACACCUGUGGUCAACUAGGAACUGGCAACAAAAACAACCACCUCAGUCCUGUACAAAUCAUGGCUGACAAAGAGAGGUACAGUGGAGGUGGAAAACUUGACAACAGGGUUGUAGAGGUUGCAGCAUGCCAUUCAACAUAUACUUCAGCAGCAAAGACCCAAAGCGGGCAGGUGUACAUGUGGGGUCAGUGCCGGGGCCAGUCCAUUGUCUUGCCCUACCUCACACACUUCACCAACACCGAUGACGUCUUCGCCUGCUUCGCCACACCCUCUGUCAUGUGGCGUCUCGUUUCAAUGGAGCAUGGUGAUUUCAUGACACUUGCUGAGGCUCUUAGGAAAGAGUUUGACAGUCCAGAAACGGCCGACCUCAAGUUCAGCAUCGAUGGCAAAUUUAUCCAUGUUCACAAGGCCGUGCUAAAGAUCAGAUGCGAGCAUUUCCGCUCAAUGUUUCGCUCCCAGUGGGCAGAGGAUCAUCAGGAGGUGAUCGAGAUCAGCCAGUUCUCUUAUCCCGUCUACAAAUCCUUCCUGCAGUUUCUCUACACAGACACGGUUGACCUGCCACCUGAGGACGCCAUUGGGUUGUUGGAUCUGGCCACCUCAUACUGUGAAAACAGGCUUAAACGUCUGUGUCAGCAGAUCAUCAAGAGUGGAAUCACUGUGGAAAAUGCCUUCACCCUGCUGUGUGCCGCCAUACGGUAUGAUGCAGAGGACCUUGAGAAGUUCUGUUUCAGGUUUUGCAUAAACCAUCUCACUCAGGUGACACAGACCGAUGCCUUCUGGCAAAUAGAUGGAGCGAUGCUCAAGGAGUUCAUUGGCAAAGCCAGCCGCCACGGAGCCUUCAGGAACUGAGCCAUAUUCUUAGUUUUCUUCAGUUUAGAAACUACAGGAUAUUCUGUCAAAGUGGAAGAGGUUGUGUUAUGGCUUCAGCAGCAGAAUGCACCGUUGCUUUAAAAAUUAAAAAAAAAAAAUCACAUUCCUGCUGACCCAUCUCAUGACAAAACAGGAGGCCAUCUUAUGAGAUGUUUGUCAGUAUAUUUACUGGAGUACCCUGCAUAUUGCACACAGUGAACUGCAGUUUAAGUUGUAUUAUCUGCAGUUCUAAAUUUAGCACUUUGGCCAAUACCUGUGAAAUCUGCUAGCUCAUGCAUAUUUUAAUGCUGUAUGUGUUCUUGAAUUGUUGUUUUUCUUGGCCAGUUCUUCCACUCCUGCUUGACUUUACAACAAAGUUCAUGUUAAAAACCAAAUUAUGGGAGAGCAAUUCCAAAGAACUAUCUGUGUCUUUCAGUAGGAGCUGAAAGAAAUGGUUUUUGUUUUAUUUUUUUUUCUUUGAAUAUAUUAGAUAACUGACAUACACUGGUUAACGACCACUAUACUGAAACAUUUGUAUUACACCCUCCUGUGAUUUUUUUGUUACAUUCCAUUUAGUAGAGUUGUAGCUUACAAUACAGGUAAUACUGUGGGUGUUGUACAUCCCUUGGCUGGUUAUUGUUACUGUUCUGUACACUUACGGGAGUUCAGGACCAUUUUGGGAAGUUCUCUUUUUUUUCUAAGAGUUUUUUGGUAUAUGUUUCCUCUGCCUGGCUUUUGCUUUGUGGCAUCUGGGGGAAAAUGUCUUGUUCUUAUUCUCUCUGACAUAUAGUGCAUUUUAAAAGUCAAAGAGCAAAUUUGAAGGUUUAGGUGAAAGUAUUUUGCACAAAAAGCAGCAGUGAGUAUUUUAUGUGCUGUUACAGUAAUCAUAACCUCUUAUUUUUCUUUUGGCUUUGAGUUACAACAAAAAUCUCCCUGCAGGUCCUAGCUUUUACUUUCUGCUGCAUCAGUGGGUGUGGUUGGAAAAUAGUUUAUUGGCCUAGUCAUCCUGCAGCAAGUCCGGUGAGAUCUGUCUCUGUUUCUUAGUUAGGUUUCUGUUUCCUGAUACACUGAGGCUUGAUGACCAAUCCUUAAUUGGGUUGAAUUGACCUGUUUAUGGUUAAAUAAUAAAAUACUUUGUGGUUUCAUUCAGGUUGGAGAACAAUUUCACAUGCUUUAAUGUGGAUUUCUGUUGCAACUAAUGCUCAAGUGAAAUAUGCUGUAGGUUCUUAGUAUUGGGUAAAUAAGAACAUGAAUCACAAACUUCUUUUUUCUUGAUGUGUCUAAGGGGAAUAUAAUUUUGUUAUGCUUUUUUAAAAGCUCUAUAUACUUAGCAGUUUGUAACUGUAACUUAUAACAUGCAAUUGUUGGAAUUUGUAUUACUGCUAUUUUCCGGUUGACUACCUGUUUUUGUUUUUUGUUUAUUUUUUAAUCGUGUCAUUACGGUUUCAAAUAAAUAAUGAUGCAUA